CAGAAUUUCAAGGAAACAUCUUUCAAAACAUCUGAACGAUGUCCUCUGAAGUCGUGCCGAUCAGAAUGCUCCAAUUUCAAGUGCUCUAACACCUCGAUUCUUUUUCAAAUGGAUGACAGAGAAGGGGAAGUUUCCGAGCGUCCUCUUAAAUCGUUACACAACAGAAUCGUAUCGCCAGUGCUAUUCAUAAAUCACACAGGACGAAGAGUCAAUUUGAAAUGGUUCAAUUACAGUGGUGAAGAACAGUUAUUUGCCACCAUUGAGAGUCGAACAAACAAUCGCCUUAAAAUGAACACAUAUGUGACACAUCCUUGGAUUGCAGUGGACGAAGAAACGAAUGAAAGGCUGUUACUGAACUUCAAGGAAACAUUUUUUCCCGACGAGCCUGUUAUACGGGGAGUAGACUAUGAUACCCGAAGAUUCUAUGCUUCUAGAGCGGAAAUAAACAUAACAACACCAGUGUACAGUCUGGAGGAGUACUGCAUGAGGUUCCUUAGGAAGAUUGUUUUAUCACAGAACAUCAGGAAGUUACCCCUGCCACAGCCUAUUCUCAAUGAGAUUUUGCAGAAUGUUUCAUGAUCCACUUAUAGACUACUUAAUUUUUCCCAUUAUAUCACGCACAAAAAAAAAAUAAAAAAAACACUUUCUAAAACAUGAAAAUACAGCAAACAGGUGCAGUUUGGUAAAGGUUGUGUUUUGGAUUGGAGAGUGCUAGACACUGGAAUCAUAACCAUUUAUUUAUGAUUAAAAAUCCACUGAUGUCUUACCUGCAAGGUAUAUGCUUACUCUUCUAUGUGGUGGUUGGAAAAAAUUUUUAACCAAGUGUAAAACUGUGAACAAAUCACAGCAUGUAAAUCAUAUCACUAUAUGUAGAAUUAAUA